AACAUGCUGUCGGCUUGUUCAUCACAGUCCGAAGCCACAAAGUUAUCCUCUGAUGCUCAGGCAUUUAUGAUGCAUCUGGAAGAUUUCAAAAAACCCAUCGUCGCAGCUAUCAUGGGUAGUUGCCUUGGAGGCGGCCUAGAGCUGGCUUUGGCUUGUCACUAUCGCAUCGCGGUGGAUUCCAAAUCGACUGUACUUGGAGUUCCAGAGGUGAAACUCGGAUUGUUGCCCGGCGCUGGUGGGACUCAGCGACUACUCUCCCUCUGUGCCGGCAUCGAUCAAUCCCUGCAACAGAUUUUGACUGGUUCGAAUCUCUCAGCUCCAAGGGCGAAAAGAAUGGGUCUCGUCCACCAAGUCAUCCAACCUUUGGGUCCCGGCCUUUCAACUGCUUCUGCUACCACACUGGAGCACCUUGAGGAAGUCGCAGUUAGCACUGCUAGGGAUUUAGCCGAAGGAAAGUUGAAACGUCCGGUAGUCCAGCGCUCCAUUCUUCAACGUAUACUGCGGAAACUUCUGGCGAUCGGAUUGCUCCGCAGGGCAUUUUUCUCACAAGUCAGAAAGCGAACAAUGAAGCAGACACACGGUCUCUACCCGGCUCCUUUAAAAAUCAUUGAUCUGUUUGAAACUUCCGUCGCCGAAGGAUCGAAGGUUGGCUACGAAUUGGAGGCCAAGCUCUUUGGGGAAUUGGCACUGACGAAAGAAUGUAAAGCUCUGAUUGGUCUAUUUUUUGGCCACACAGAAUGCAAAAAGCAACGCGUCCCCGCACCAAAAAACAAGGUAGAGCGACUAGCUGUCCUCGGCGCCGGACUGAUGGGCGCUGGCAUCACACAAGUCAGUAUACAGCACUGGAUACCGACAAUCAUGAAAGACGUGUCCAGCUCUAGCUUGUCUCGGGGAGAGGAGCACAUACAUUCAAACUUUAGAAACUUGAUUAAGCGAAAACGACUGACCGAAUUGGAGUCGGACAAGAUGUCCUCCUUACUCCAAGUCACCCUUGACCCCAAUGCCUUGCGCAACGUCGACAUGGUCAUCGAGGCCGUGUUCGAAGAUUUGAAUCUUAAGCACAAUGUAGUCAAAGAAUUUGAAGCAGUUUUACCACCGCAUGCAAUAUUUGCCAGUAACACUUCUGCUCUACCAAUUCAUCGGAUUGCGGAAGUGAGCAAAAGGCCAGACAAGUUCAUUGGUAUGCACUACUUUUCCCCCGUGGAUCGAAUGGAGUUACUGGAAAUAAUCGUUACAGAUAAAACGUCUCCGGAUACGUUGUCAUCCGCGAUGGACGUGGGACUUCGUCAGGGUAAAAUUGUCAUCGUCGUGAAAGACGGUCCUGGAUUUUACACCACUCGCCUCCUCGGUCCAAUGCUCUCUGAGGCCAUUUUGAUUCUUCAGGAAGGUGUUUCCCCAUCGGAGCUGGACAAAGCGGUAAGAAGUUUUGGCUGGCCAGUCGGAAUGGCGACGCUGGCGGACGAGGUUGGCAUCGAUGUGGCCUGUCAUGUGGCCGACUCUUUGUCCGUCUCAUUCCCAGCCAGGAUGGUGGGUGGAAACCUGCAGGUUCUACGGGACAUGACCUCAUCUGGAAUGCUCGGGCGUAAAUCUGGCAAAGGUCUCUUUGUAUACACCAACAGUAAAUCUAAAACUCGUCCCGAGAAUAGCGAUGCAAUUGGGAUACUAAAAAGGCACCGAAUCGAUCCGAAAACACCGAACACUCAUGAACACAUUCAGUACCGUUUAUUUGCAAGAUUCGUCAAUGAAGCGGUUUUGUGUUUGCAAGAAGGAAUCCUAAUCAAUGGUCCUGUUGAAGGUGAUGUUGGUGCCGUCUUUGGACUCGGAUUUCCCCCGAACCUGGGAGGCCCCUUUCGCUACCUCGACGUUCAUGGAGCUUCUGGACUGGUUAAACGUAUGGAAGAACUGUGCGAAUUGUACGGGGACCAGUUCACACCAUGUGCGCUACUCAUGGACCAUGCAAAAGAUGAGAAAAAGAAAUUCCACUCUCGCUAAUUGACCAGACUGGCGCUACGAGCUUUUCUGCGAAGAUCCCGGAGAUGAUUUAACCCCAACUUCAUACGGAGAAACCCUCAGAUACUCUCCGCUGCCCGGUAGUUUCCCUUCGCGAAUGACGCGUCUCCGCGACACCGAAACAUCUAUGACCAAUUUUCGUUUUUCAAUACUUUUGCUCUGAUUGUAUUUUACACUGCUUUGAUC